AUGGAUCAGAUUCAGUAUUCGGCGUUCUCGCCAAUAUCAGCAACCGCUACUCGUCUCACUUUCGACAACAUUCCUCUUAACUCUCCUCAACACAACGGUCCGAAGUCUUCCAAGAAAAAUGCCACGCCAAAGGCUCCUGACACGUCAACCGCACCUGGAAGCAUCGCCAGACGCAGAAACAGCACACCAGGCUUCACUUCCGCCGACGGUGCCGAUAUCGUCACCGUCGAUGGUAACCCCAUUUCGCGAGCCAAUCCGUCGCCAGCCUUGGCGAAAGAUGCAUUGGCUGCCAUCGCAGCAGCGUCCCUGAAGCCGGCUCCUCCCAGGUCUGCAGCAAGGCAGAGCCGAGCCAUUGUUCCGGUUGCGGAGACGAGGCUGGAAGAGGAGGAGCAAGUCUGGCAGCGAUACCGGGAGUCAGGGUUGGAUGAGGUUGCGGUUCUGCGGAAAGAGCGGGACGCAUUUAUGGAGAAGGCGAACUCGCUGGAUCAAGAGCUCUACGAGUACCAGUACAACAUGGGUCUGUUACUGAUGGAGCGGCAGAAGUGGCUACCCAAGUACGAGGAUGCGCGAGCGGCGCUGGAGGAGGCGGAAGCGGAGCUGCAGCGCGAGGCGACGGCGCACAGGGUCGCUCUGGCGGAGGCGAAGGAGCGGGAGAAGGCCCUACAAGACGCGCUCGCCAUCGAACAGGACUGCGUUGCAAGCAUGGAACGAGCCGUGAAGGAGCUGCAGGUGGAGGUGGAGGAGACGAAGAAGCACGCGCGCACGGCGCUGGACGAGGCGAACGCCACCAUGGCUGCCGCGGAAAAGAAGCUGCAGGCGACGGAGGCGGCUAGCCGUCAGGUGGAGGGGAGCAGGAGCGAGGCGAGCAGGCGGAUUGCGGAGGCGGAGCGGAAGCAGCAGGAGCUGGAGGCCAGGGAGGCGAAUGGCCGGCGCGAAGUCCAGGGGGAGAAGGACAGGCUUGAGGCCAAGGCGCGGGAGUUGGAGGCUCAGAAGGGGUCACUGAGUGACUGGGAGGAAAAGUUGAAGCAACGCAAUGCCAAGAUACUGGAGAGUGAGAAGAUGCUGGAUAUACGGGAGGCGCGCAUAGCAUCAGCGAUGGACGUGCUGAAGGCCGCGGAGCAGCAGGCGGAGGCGCGCAAGGCGGCGCUGCAGGAGGAGGCGCGGCGGCUGGAGGGCGUGCGGGAGCAGGCGCGGGAGGCGGAGGAGCGCGCGCGGAGGGAGGCGCAGGCGGUGGCGGAGGGGAAGGUGGCGCUGGCGAAGCGGGAGGGCGAGCUGGCGGUGCAGGAGGAUUUGCUGGUGGCGCGCGAACAGGACGCGGUGGCGCGGGAGAUGCGCAGCAAGGAGGCGGAGCUGCGCGUGGCGAGCGAGCAGGAGAGGGUGCGCGAGUGGGAGGAGAGCCUGCGCAAGCGGCAAUCCGCGCUGGACGAUCUCAAGGCCAAGCUGGCGAGCGAGAAGAAGGGGCUGGACGAGGUGGAAGCGUCGCUGAGCAGUGGGCGCGCGCAGCUGGAGGAGAUGCAGGCGGAGCUGCAAGCCAAGGAGCGCGCACUGCUGGCGGAGCGGGAGAGGGUGCAGGCGCAGGAGAACGAGGUUGAAGGGCUGCGCGCGCAGGUGGCGCAGAAGGAGGAGCUGGUGGAGCAGCGCGAGCAGGGCGCGCAGAGGCGCGCGGAGAGGGCUGCGGAGCGCAUGGCGGAGGCGGAGGCGCUGGUGCUGCAGGCGGCGAGCAGGGAGAGGGAGGUGGAGCAGAGGCAGGCGCAACUGGACAGGGAUGCGAGGCGGUUGGAAAUGGUGAGAGCGGAGGCGGACGCAGAGAAGCAGCAGCUGGAGGAUCUUCGGGAGAGAGUUCGCUCCGAGCGGGCUGAAUCAGAGGCGGAGAAGCGGCAAGCAGCAGCUGCUCUGGCUAAAGCGGAGCAGACUAUAGCGGAGUCGGGGGUCAAGCGGGAGGCAGCGCAGGCGGAAAUGAAGCGGGCGCAGGAGCGACUUGAGGAGGCGGAGAGGCGCGUGCAGGAGCUGAGAGCGGAGAAGGAGAGGUUUGAGAAGGAAUGGGAGGUGCUGGAUGGGCAGAGGGAGGAGGUGGAGGAGAUGAAGGUAGAAGUUGAGAAACUGAGGGAGAAAGCACUAGCUGACGUGCAGAAGGAGAGGGAGGAGGUGAGGAGGAAAGAGAGGGAGGUUGAAGCGAGGUUGGAGAAAGGGAGAGAGGAGUUGGAGGAGGAGAGGAGAGGGAUUGCGGAGGAGUGGAGGCGGAAGGGAGAGGAGGUUGAGGCGGAGAGGGAGGAGGUGACGAGGGAGCGGGAGAAGAUGCGAGAGGAGAGAACGGCGUUGGAAGAAGCGGCUGCGGAGGUGGAAGGACAGAGAGAGGCGCUGAAGGUCGAGCGUGGUGAGCUGAGGAAGGAGAUUGAAGAGAAGAAGACAGUGUUUGCGCAGCUGUCGCAGCAGCAUGCGGCUCUGGAGCGGAAGGGGAAGGCGGUGAAAGCGGAAGAGGAGAAGGUGCGGGAGAUGUUGGCAGCGGUGGAGAAGGGUCGGAAGGAGCUGGAGCAGGAGAAGGAAGGGUGGAAGGAGCAGCACCAGCAGAUGCUGAGCGCCGUGCGGGCAGAGCGGGAAGGCGUGGAGGAGGAGAGGAAGCGAGUGGUAGCAGAGGCGCGGGAAGAGAGGGUGAGGCUGGGAGAGGAGGCGGAGGAGGUGGCGCGGGCGAGGAGGGAAGUUGACGAGGGCAGGCAGCAGGUGGAGAGGGAGAUGGAAGAGCUAGCUUUCCAGAGAGCUGCGUUACAGUCAGAGGAGGUUGAGCUUGGAAGCAGGCUCGAGGACGUGAGCGCGCGGGAAUCGGCUCUUGAAGCGGCGGCUGAGGAGCUGAAGGGGAGAGAGGCGGCUGUAGCGGCACGGAUGGGUGAAGUAGAGGUGGCACUCGCGGCUGUAGCGGGGAGGGAGGAGGAGGUGGUUCGGGCGCGGGAGGGGCUUGUGAGGGAGAGGGAGAGGAUGGAAGCAGAGGUGGAGCAGCAGAAGAGAGUGGUGGAGAUGGAACGGGAAGGAGUGGAGAUGGAAAAGCAGGAGGUUGCGGGGAGGGGAGAGGCGGAGAGGGAGAAGGUUCGGAUUGAGAGGGAGGCAGUGGGGAAAGAGAGGGAGCAGGUGGAGCGUGAGGCUGAGGAGGUCAAAAAGGCUCUGGCUGAGGUUCACAGGCAGAGGGGGUUGCUGGGAGAGGAGAGGGAAGCUGCCAGGGCAGAAGCAGCCGAGCAUCGGGCAGCGAUAAAAUCUCUUGUGGAGGAACGGGCAGCUGCGGAGAGGGGCGCAAAGGAGGCGAGGAACGCGUGGGAGAAAGCCAAGGGGGAGAUGGACGCCCUGGAGGCGGAGAGGAAGGAGGUGCUGCAGGAGAGAGCGCGGCUGGAUGAAGAGAGGAAAGACUUUGUUAAGAAGAUCGCUUUGGAGAGGGAGAGUGUGGCAGUGGAUAGGAAACUGGCGUUGGAGAAGGUUGAGAGAGAUUCCGGUGGGGUGAAGCGGGAUAGAGAGUCUCUGGCGAAAGAGAGAGCGGCGCUGCUGAAGGAGCGGGAGAGGGUGGAGAAGGAGAAGGAGGGCGUGCAGAAGAAGCUGCUAGAGGUUCGGGUGGAGCGGGAGAAGGCCCGGGAGGAGCGGACGAGCACACGGCAGGAGCUGGCGGAGAGCCGAGCAGAGAGAGUGAAGCUGGGACAGCAGAAGGCUGAGUUAGAGCGGGAGAUUAAGGCGCUGCAGGCUGAGAAGACGGAGGUGCAAGGCGAGAGGGUGAAGGCGGAUCGAGCAAGAGAGGAGCUGGAGAGGCUGCGGGAGGGGCUGGUUGCUGAACGGGCGGAAGUGACUGCUGCUUUGGGGAGGCUGGAUAGGGAGCGGUUGGAUGUGGCGGCUCUUGCAAGGCGAGAGAGGGAGGCCGUGGAGAAAGAGAAGGCUGCUGCUGAGGCGAAGAUUGAGAAGGAGAGUGCGAGGCUGGUGAGAGAGAGAGGUGUUCUUGGGAAGGAGAGGGAGGCGGUUGGGAGAGAGAAGGAAGAGGUGGUGGGAGCGAGGGAGGAGGUGAGGGCGGAAAGGGUUGCUUUGGCGGGGGAGAGACGGGAGCUGAAGAAGGAACAGGCGGAUGCCAAGGCUGCUGCUGCUGAGCUGAAGGCAGCUAGGGCUGCGGCAGAGAGGGAAGCGGAGGGGGCGAGAGUGGCUGCUGCUCGGGCGAGGGCGGAGCAGGAAGCAGCAGUGAAGGCUGAGGAGAGCGUAGCUGCAGAGAGGGAGAAGCUUGGUGUUGCAGCGAGUGAAUUGGAGAAGGAGAAGGAGCUUCUGGAGAAGAUGCGAUCCGCUGCUGCUGCUGAGCGGGCGGAACUGGCUGCUGAACGCGCAGGGAAUGAGGGGCUGCUGAGGAAGAUUGAGCAGGAGAGGGAGGUGGCGAGGCAGGAGCGGGAGAAGGAGAGGAGGGAGAUCGGAGAGAGGAUUGCGGAGCUUGAAGGGCUGGAGAAGCAGCAGGCGGAGGCGAUCCAGGCGUCGAGGAACAUUCAGGAGCAGCGGGCGCAUCUGAGGGAGGAGAUGGAGGAGUUGGAGAGGGAGAGGGCGCGGCUGAGGGUGGAGGAGGCGAAGGUGAGAGAGGGUGGGAGGGAGCUGCUGAGUGAGCGGGAGAAGCAGAGGGCUGCGCUGGAGAAGGAGAGGGACGAGGCUGCUGCGGCCCAGGCUGCCCGUGCUGCUGCGGAGGCUGAUAGGCUCGCAGAGAGGAUCGCGGAGUUUGAAGCGAGGAUGGAAGAGGAGAAGGCGAAGCUGCGGCGGAUGAGGGAGGCGGUGGAGGAGAAGCGGGUUGGGGUGGAGGAGGAGAGGGCGAGGAUUGAAGGCGAGCGGGAGGAGCUGAGAAGGCAGAGAGAGGAGAUGGUGGCAAAGAGAGUGGAGCUUAAGAAGGAGAUCGCGGAGAAAGAAGCAGAGGUGUUGCAGGUGGAGCAGCUGAGAAGGCGGCAGGAGAGAGAGCUGAGGGAGCUGGAGAAGCAGCGGGCCAAGGUGAAGGAAGAGAGGGAGGAGGUGGAGCGGCAGAAUCUGGAGUUGGUGUCUCGCAGGGCGAAGGCAGAGGAGGAGGUGGCGACGACGCUGGCAGGGAUUGAGUCGGAGAGGGCUGCUGCGGAGAAGGAGCGACAGGAGAAGGAGCGGGAUCUUAUGGCCCGGUCUCAAAGGCUGGAUGAGGAGCAGAGGCGGCGACGGGAGGAGUGGGAAGCUCUGGUGGAAGAGGAGAAGAAGAAGAUGGAGAGGGAGAGAGAGGCGGUUGGUAGAGACAGGGCGGAUACACAGAGGCACUGGGACGAUGUGCAGAAGAUGAUUCAGGAGCUGCACCAGCAACGGCGACAGCUGAAGGAGGAGAAGGAGGCGGGGAGGCGGACGGAGAGUGCGGAGCGGAGGCUGUCGGGGGGGUCGAGCUGGAUUGCUGGCGGGCAUGACUUGGCGGAGCAGCUGCGGUUCGCGAGGGAGAGGCUGAAUGAGGAGCGGGAGGAUUUCGAGAUGGAGAAGAAGGAGCUCGAGGCUCAGCGUCGGUCAGUGGAGAUGGAGAGAGAGGGCAUGGCACGGGAGGCCGAACGGCUCCGAGUGCUCAAGUCUGAACUCGCCACCAUGGAGAGCUCUCUGCUCGCCUCUCCUGGCCAGGCUCAGGCGAAAUCUCAGGAGAGGGACGCGGGGAAGGAAGGCGAGGAGGGAGAGAAGGACGAUGGGGAGGGUGUUCCUGAUGCUGACACUGCUGAUGGGUAUGCGGAUGGGGAUGCUGCGGAGGAGGAGGAUGAGGCAUUCAGGGAUGCAGAGGGAAUGGAAGCUGAGGCAGAGGAUGGUGCUGCUGGUGUAGCUGUCACUAGGGUGGUGGUUUCUGCUGCUGCUGCUGCUGCUGCUGUGGGGACUGCUGGGGAGGAGCAGGCGGAUGGGGCCGGUGCUGGUGCUGGUGCUGGAGUGGCGGUAGGUGUGGUGGAGGUAGAAGCUCAUCUGGCUGUAGCAGCUGUAGCAGGAACCCCCGCUGCAGCAACCGGUGCUACAGCUGCCCCCGGUGCUACAGCAGAACCUGCCACACCAGUCAGAGCGCCUGGGGGAAGCCAGACACCAUCUGGGCUUAUGAGGCGCAGAGGCAGGGCUGGAGAAGCGGACGGGGUUGCAGGAGAGGAGGUGGAUAAGCCAGUGAGAAGGUCUGCUAGGAAAGCAACGUCGGGGUCCAAGGGUGUGAGUGCGGGAGGGGUGCUGAUCGCGCCGCUCACUGACCGCAACGGGCCUUGCGCCAAGGACAGCGCAGCAUCGGGGGAGGCCAAGACCGCAGGGAGCCGCGUGUUUGGAGAGCAGCAAUAUGCCGAGGCUGUGGCCUGCUACAGCAAGGCCGUUCAGCACUCGCCUCUGCAGGCCCUCCAGUACGCGCCUCUGGAUUCACCUGACCUGCUGGCAGUGCUCUUCACCAAUCGUGCCACGUGUCUGCAUGCUUGGUUUCGCAGGGGAUGUAUUCAGGCUGCCCGGAAAAAAUAUCACAGUGCAGUCAGUGACUUGAAGAGAGCUCUUUUAUUGGAGGAAGCGGCUGGGAACCGACCCGGGGCAAAGAAAAUUGCAGACGAGUUGAGGAAAGCUUUAGAGGAGCAAAAGGAGGAAACUGCAACAGCUGCAGGAGAGCAACAGCUAACGAUUAACAAGGAAGCUAAUUCAAGAGGUGGAGCAGCAACAGUCAGGGGCAAUCACGCAGCAACAGCAGUCAGGCAAGCAGCAGCAGCAGUCAGGCAAGCAGCAGCACCAGCCGGACUAGGCACCGCAACAGCGGCCAAGGGCAGUCAUGCAGAAGUGGUAACCGCAUGGUUGCAUCCACGAGUGGAACCCUUCAGGCACACGGGAACAGCAGAAAGAGACUCUGCUCGUGAUGCUGCAGGUGCUGCCGCAUCCAUCCAUGAUACUCAUGCGAAAGCUCCCCUAGCCGCGGAUGCAGGGUGGGGCCUCCGACUCACUGCUGCUGCAGACUGUAUUAGCAGCGGUGGAGCAGGCAGUAGCAGCGCCUCAGCCAGCAGAGACACCACUGCUGCUGCUGCUGCUGCCAGCACAGAGCCAUGUGCUGGCAGCCACGGCAUGCCAGCUGGCGCUCCCGGCUCGCCAGCUGGCACUCACGGCAUGCCAGCUGGUACUGUGGUGCUAGUCGAAGAACCGAUAGCCGCAGCACUCUUGAAGCCGCACCGCUCCUCCUGCUGUCACCACUGCCUGCUGCCCCUCCCCGCCAACCCCUUCCCCUGCCCUGGCUGUUCUUUCGCUCUCUUCUGUCGCCCGCUCUGCGCUGCUGUGGCUCUUGGAGUAACAACAGCCAUUACAGAUGCUGCCUUGUCUGCUACAGAUGCUGCCUCGUCUGCUACAGAUGCUGCUUCUGCUACAGGUGCUACCUCAGCCACACUGCAAAAAGGGAGAGAUGCGAGUAGUGCUGCAGCCGUUUUGUUAACGGAGGGAGAUGCUGCUGGUGCUACAGCAGCAGAGCUGCUACAGCAGGGUUGGAGGGCAGGUGUUACCCGGUGGGGGGAGCAUCUGGGGGAGUGUGGCGGGAGCAGCUGGCAUGCUGCCUUGCCGGUGGAAGCCUGCUUGGCUGGUAGGGUGGUGGGACAGGUGGGACUGGGGGAGGUGGGACUGGGGCAGGUGGGAUCAGGGGAGGGCGGAUUAGAGCAGGAUGAGGGAAUGAGAAACGGGAGUGUGGAAGGAAGAAGAAGGCUGGGAAUGAGAGGGAGGGGGGUGGAUUCCCUGUGUCAUCAUCUGGGGUCGCUGCCCCCUUCAUCAUUGCUUCUUCACAGUAUGAGAGGAGAGGAAGAGGGGGGGCAAGGUAAGGGGGAGGAGGUCGAAGAGGAGGAGGAGGGUGAGAGGGGAGAAAGGGGGGGUGAAAGGGGAGAAAGGGGGGGUGAGAGGGGAGAAAGGGGGGGUGAGAGGGAAGAAAGGGGGGGAGAGGGGAAAGAGGCGCAGCUAGGGCAGGUAUGGCCGGAGGAUGAGUUUAUCCGUCUAGCUCUGCUGGCUUUAGUCACAUCCCAUUGCAUCAACUCUUCUUUCGCUGCAGUCACAAUUGAACUAGAACGUGCAGGAGGAGACGACAAACGGAAAGAGCAGCAGCAACAGCAGCAGCAGCAGGAGCAGCAGCAGCAGCGGCAGCAGCAGCAGCAGCAGCAGCAGCAGCAGCAGCAGCAGCAGCAGCAGCAGCAGCAGCAGCAGCAGCAGCAGCAGCAGCAGCAGCAGCAACAUGCCCCUUCUCUUCAGAAACGUUUGGCUUGCUUCCGAGUGUCAAGCCGGCAAGUGCUGGUGGUGCUGGGUCAACUGCGGUUCAAUGCGGUGGCAGUGAGCCGAGUGCGAGGAGGGGAGAGUGGUGACACUGUUGGUCAAUUGGAGGGCAUUGAACAGGUGCCCAUUGCUCAAGCGCUCUACCUCUCUGCAUCGCUCUUCAACCACAGCUGCCAUCCCAACGCUGUUGGAUUCUCUCCGCCACCGCUUGCACCCUCUCAACCGCACACUGGCAGAGGUACCCACUCAACCGCAUCUUGCCAAAGGUAUGAUUACCCACUCUCGACUGCACUCUGGCAGAGGUGCAAUCAGAUGCCUUUUCCUUCCUUCAUUCUAUUUCUCCUCUCCCCCUCCUCCCCGUAA